ACAAGGAAUCCAGACGUUUACAAAGGUCCUUGGGGAAAUCCUCGAUGCCGAGACAGUCCCGUGACGAGCAACAAAAUGAAAUGUCAGUGCACAAAUGGCGAAUGUCUUGCUUGCGAGAUGUAUCUUGAGGACUUUGAGAAUGUUUUUAGACACAGUUUACCCAGUAAUGGAAGAAUUGCCGGAUUUAUCGCCGAAAGCAUUCAAGGCGUCGGCGGAGUGGUGCAAUAUCCUCGCCGGUAUUUACAAAGGGUGCAGAAGAGAAUUCGUCAAAAUGGCGGACUCUUCAUAGCGGACGAGGUGCAAACUGGUUUCGGCAGGACCGGCGAGCAUUUUUGGGGUUUCAAGGCCCAUGAGGUCGAACCGGACAUCAUCACCAUGGCGAAAGGCAUUGGAAAUGGAUUCCCAAUGGCCGCAGUCGCGACGAAGGCGAAAAUUGCCGAAACUUUGUCGAGAGCGUUACAUUUCAACACCUUCGGAGGAAAUCCUUUGGCCUGCGCAGCAGGCUGCGCAGUGCUCGACAUUAUCGAGGAAGAAGAUCUCCAAAAGAAUUCACUAGUAGUGGGAACUUAUCUUCUUCACCGCCUCAGUGCCUUGAUGAUUGAUCAUCCAACCACAAUUGGUGACAUCAGAGGUAAAGGGUUGAUGAUCGGCGUGGAAUUAAUCAGUGACGUUGAAAAGAAAUCACCUUUACCUGCUGAACAAGUAGCCGACAUCCUCGAGGACAUUAAAAACAUGAACGUCCUUGUGGGAAAGGGUGGUUUAAAUUUUAACGUCUUGAGAAUCAAGCCUCCGAUGUGCAUAACGAAGGAGGAUGCCGAUUACACCGUUGAUGUUUUAAACAAAGCUCUGGAAAGGCAUCGCGAUAAAUAUUUAAGGGACAAAGAAAGCGUCUUCUUUAGCGCAGUGUAAAGAAGAUUCACAAUUAAUAUUCGUGCUUCAAAUAAUAUUCGGUGCGAUUUAUCAUUUAUAAAUAAGUAUGGGAUGUACUUUGUAUGUAUUAUUUAAGAGAGAACGAACGGUUGUUAAUUUUUGCUUUUAAACUAAUUUUAAGA